CCAGCACCUGUUGUGGCAACUUUGCAACCCGUUCCGGCGUUCCAGCGACCGCUGAUCGCUUGCAAUUCCCGUUUUUCCAUCGUGUCCAGAACCCCACAGCUGAACGUCACUGGUCCUUCCAUGGCGUGAAAGCCUGGCUCUCAACAAGCUGCUGUUGCGAGGCCCUGAUCGUGUUUCGGUGGCCAUGAUUCCAGACGAUGCACCCUCUCUGCUUGCUGGCCGUGGGACGCUGGAGUUGCAGAACCCUUUUCCCCUAUGUGACCGGCCGACACCCUUUCGGUGCCUGCCUUGCAGACCCUGACCAACCGCCCCCUUUGGAGCUGCCUCGAAUUAGAAACCCAAACACCAACCCGUCCUCUGCCCAACUCUGCCAUCAUUCGCUGCAAUCUCCAAGCUCGGCGCCUCUUAUUACUCGCACGGGAACUCCCGCCAAGCUUCGCUGCAUCACUUGCCUUCGACUUGGGGUUGUGGUUGUGGCCCAUCCCCACCCCCUCCCUCAUCACCUCAGCCUCUCUCCAUCUGUUAUGGCCCGGGGUGAGCUGCUCGGCGGCCUGCCACACUUUCGCUGACACCGCUCGCUGGUCCCGGAACCAAUCAAUCUGAAGAUAAGCGACGGACCCGUCCCUGUCUCGUGAACCACCUACCACAUUCACCUGUCAGCCUCCGCAACUGCCGCU